AUGUGCAUACCUUGUGGUCCUAAAUUUGAGCCCCUCUACCGUGACACGGAGAAAGGAGAUGAAGACUGGAAUGAGUUUAAUGACAUCAACAAACUCAUUAUAAGGUCGUCACUUCGGACAGAAUAUAGAAUUGCUUUUCCCCAUCUUUAUAACAACAGGCCUCGUAAAUGCAAGAAGAAAAUAUAUGACGAGGAUGAUGACUGGAUCUUGCCAGAUGGUGUGGAACCUUUUCUUAAAGAUACACAACUUUAUACUGACACCACAGCUGCUGGAAUCUCCUUGAUUUUUGCUUCCCGUCCUUUUAACAUGAGAUCUGGGCGCAUGAGACGAGCAGAAGACAUUCCUCUUGUGUCAGAAUGGUACAAGGAGCAUUGUCCUCCAUCAUAUCCAGUUAAAGUCCGGGUUAGUUAUCAAAAGUUGCUCAAGUGUUUUGUCUUGAAUGAGCUGCAUCAUAGAUCUCCUGAGGCUCAAAAAAAGAAGAACUUAUUCAGAUCACUUCAAGCGACAAAGUUUUUCCAGACUACAGAACUUGAUUGGGUUGAAGCAGGUCUUCAAGUUUGUCGGCAGGGGUACAACAUGUUAAAUCUAUUGAUACACAGGAAAAAUUUGAACUACCUUCACCUUGAUUAUAAUUUUAAUUUGAAGCCUGUCAAAACCGUGACUACAAAAGAACGUAAGAAAUCACAAUUUGGUAAUGCUUUUCAUCUUUGUCGUGAGAUCCUUCGUUUGACGAAACUUGUGGUGGAUUCUAAUGUUUAG